GACUAGAAAGAGAGAAGAAACGAGAAGCAAGCGAUCAGGAAGAAACGAGGCAAGAGAGAGAAAUACGGGCGGGUCAUACACAAACGGGUCACGGAUCCGGGUGUAACCCAAGAAACAAAAUCACUCGCAGGGGCUGUGUGAUAAGAAAUGAAAAAAAUGGAGAAGAUUACGACCAUCUCAUCCCUCUCUUUACCACUACACUCAUUACCCCUCCUCACCCCCAAAUACCCAAACCCUAAUUUCCCCAAUUCACCUUCACCCCGUUUAUAUAAUCCAUCCAUCCAUCCGUUUUAUUUUACUUCUACUCUCUCUCUCUCUAUCUCUAUACCUCUCUCUCUCUAUAUCCUCUCUAUCUUACGCUACCUCUUCUGUUAUCUCGCAAGGGUUUCGACUUUCCUACGGCGAUCGAAGCGGUUCCAGUUUCAGUUUCUGUUCGUUUCGUCAGGGGCAUAUAGCAUUCCAAUUUGCUGCAUUACUGGGCUUCCAUGUGGGUGAUUUUUGCCAACAUUUAAUUGUUGGCUAAAAACGGAGCAAAAUGGACGAGUUGGUGGGAGGUCCUCUGUUUGACGGCAUCGGGAAUACCUUUAGAAAAAAGAGGACACAAACCUGCAGAAGGCCUAAACCAGAGGUUCAAGCUUUACCUGAAAAUCAUGAUCAUGCAUCUCUAUCAUCAACACCAUCAGAUGAUGCUGGAAAGAUAUCGAGCGAUGAGAAUGCUGUUGAUGCUAAUCCUAAGAGAAAAGUAUUUAAUCUUAAUCAAUGUGCUACUAAAACGGAAGGUGAAUACUCACGUAAGAGAGCUCAAAUGAAUGAUGGGAAAUAUAAUAGUAAUGGAGGUUUGAUAGAUGCAAAUGAAGGUGGAAAUGAUAACAAAUUAAAGAAAGUCAAACUUAAGGUAGGUGGUGUGACUCGGACUAUUCAACCCAACACCAGUUUUGGAGCUUCAAAGAAUUCAGGAUCUUUAGAUUCCUCUCGUUCCAGGCCAAAAUUAAUACUACAGGACAAUUCCGACGAAGACGAUUCUCCUGCCCUAAGUAAAAAGAUCGGUUUACAAGGGAUUCCUUGGAAGGAUUUCUCAAAGGGCGGCUUUACUCUCGGGAGAGAAAACACUUCAAUGGGCAAGAAUUCGGGAGCAAAAGAGAAAUCGGAUCGGGCCCGGAAGAGCAAAAGGAUACCGAAGAAACGGGUCCUAGAUGGUGAUUUCAUUGAAGAAGAAGACGACGAUGAGAUACGGUAUCUUGAAAAACUCAAGACGGUUAGGGUUGCUGCUGCAAGCAGAGAUUAUGACGAUGAGUCGAGUAAGAAACACAGGAGUCUUUCUAGGGUUUCUAAAGAAGAUCCGAGCGUGUUGAGAUCAGGUAGGGAUAGUGUAUCUGCUGAUACCGAUUACGAGGAGGAAGAUUUGGUAUUAUCUGAUCAUGAAAAUGAAGGAAAUAAAGGAAAGAAACCGAGGAAGGAUUCUCCCGAUUCUCCAAAUGAAACCAAGAAGGAAACAACCCUCACUUCACGCCAACGGGCCCUACUUUCUGGUCGGGAUUCCGCAUCUGCUGCUACUCAAAUCGAGUUUCCAAAUGGAUUGCCACCUGCCCCUCCUCGAAAGCAAAAAGAGAAACUUACAGAAGUGGAGCAGCAACUUAAGAAAGCUGAGGCUGCUGAAAGGCGCAGGAUUCAGAAUGAGAAAGCAGCUCGGGAAUCAGAGGCUGAAGCAAUCAGGAAGAUACUUGGUCAAGAUUCAAGUCGGAAGAAACGAGAAGACAAACUAAAGAAGCGCCAGGAAGAGUUGGCUCAGGAAAAGGCUGCCAAUGCAAAAACGCUAGCACCGAGCACUAUUCGAACUGUUAUGGGGCCAACUGGAACUACUGUUGCAUUUGCUGAAAAUAUUGGCCUGCCUCAUAUUUUUGACCCCAAACCCACCUGUUAUCCUCCUCCAAGGGAAAAAUGCGCUGGACCAGAUUGUACCAAUGCGUACAAGUAUCGAGAUUCGAAAUCAAACCUACCUCUUUGUAGCCUCCAAUGUUAUAAAGCAGUUAAUGCGAGGAUGGAGUCUGAAGCCAACCGCUAGUGUCAUGAAGGUACAUUUGAUGCUACAGGUGUUGGUAGGUAGGGGGAGUGACAGUGAGAGAAUCAUAGUUUUGUCUUAACAACAUUGAGAUUAUCAAAUUAAUGGAGUUUGCAUUGGUACUAUGUUUAGAGGCAACCGUUUUUUUAAUUAGCCAGUCUUUUAUUUCUUGGGGCUUUGAA